UCAUGAAGCCACAAGUCCCUUUUAAUUAAUCCUAAGAGCCUUCUCCUUCAGUUUCUAUCCCAGGAGUCCCUUGGACAAACACUUGUCCCUGGUCUCAGAAAAUCACAGGUGUUUAUGAAGGACAGGAGCUUCAGAGGGACACUAAAGACUUGGCACUUGUAGGAGAGGAGAGUCUGUGCUCAGCAGUGGGCACCUUUGUGGGAGCCAUCUGUCACCUGAGUUCACUAUGACAGAAAAAGGGUAUUGGGUCUUAUGCUGAGGUCCUUGAUCCACUUGAAGCUGAAUUUUGUACAAGUUGAGAGUGUACUACAGACAACGAGGGACAAGAGGCUGCCAUGAAUAAAAUGCAUUCACUCCUUCCCUUUCUGAGAGCAGCCAGACUUUGAAGUGGUAAAAUGUCAACAGACACAGUGGUGAAGCAGAUACUCUCCACUAUGCUGUUGAGUCCCAACCAGACAAUGGUGACAGAUUUUAUGCUGGAAGGGUUCUCAGAGAACCCUGGUCUAAAACUUAUCCUGAUAAUCUGCUUCCUGUCACUCUACACAUUGGCUCUCAUAGGCAACAUUGUCAUCAUUGCUUUGGUCACUUCCAGCACUGGACUCCACAGUCCCAUGUACUUUUUCCUGUGCAACCUGGCCACCAUGGAUAUUGUCUGCACCUCCUCUGUGCUGCCCAAGGCUUUGCUUGGCCUAGUGUCUGAGGAAAACACCAUCUCCUUCAAGGGGUGCAUGACUCAGCUCUUCUUCCUUCUGUGGUCCUUGUCUUCUGAACUGUUGCUGCUCACGGUCAUGGCCUAUGACCGGUAUGUGGCCAUCUGCCAUCCCCUGCACUACAACUCUAGGAUGAGCCCAUACCUGUGUGGGGUCCUGGCCAUGAGUGUGUGGUCCAUCUGUGCUCUGAAUGCAUCUGUCCAUACUGGUCUGAUGGCACGGUUGUCAUUCUGUGGCCCCAAGGUCAUCACCCACUUCUUCUGUGAGAUCCCCCCACUCCUCCUCCUCUCCUGCAGCUCCACAUAUGUGAAUAGCAUCAUGACUCUUAUAGCAGAUGCCUUUUAUGGAGGCAUCAACUUCUUCCUCACCUUACUCUCCUAUGGCUGUAUCAUCGCCAGCAUCCUGCGCAUGCGUUCUGCUGAGGGCAAGAGGAAGGCCUUUUCUACCUGCUCCUCCCACCUCAUUGUGGUCUGUGUGUACUACUCGUCUGUGUUCUGUGCCUACAUCAGUCCUGCUUCCAGCUACAGCCCAGAAAGAAGCAAAGUGACCUCAGUGCUGUACUCAGUCCUCAGCCCAACCCUGAACCCCCUCAUCUAUACACUAAGGAACAAGGAUGUCAAGCUGGCCCUGGGGAGACUCUUGCCCUCUUUCUCACAUUAA